CGACUGUAGAUAAAAAGUGAACCAUAAACGGAUGGUACAAUUGUUUAGCUGUUAACCUAUCGCACAAACAACAAAAGCAUCACGGAAAUAUAACUUGUUAAAUAACUCACAGGUCACGCAAAUGAUGGAUUUAACCAUAAAACCAGAAAAACAGUUUGAAUUCCAGCCAAAAGUAUUUCACAUUUCAUCAAAAUGAGUUCUUGAAUAAUCGAUCUUGUUUGUAAACAUUCUAAAUUUGAAAUAUAAUUUGAAGAACUAUACGGAACAUAAAUUAACCAGUUGAUAGUGAUAGUUAAACAAUAUGGAAAAUCAAACAACAGAGUUAUAUUUGAACCUAUGGCGGUACAUGUCACCAGUGGUUCUGGUCGUUGGAUUAAUAGGCAACAUCCUAUCUUUACUGGUGAUGCGAUUCACGAGUAUGAAAUACACAACAUUGUCGAUUUAUCUCUCGAUGUUAGCUGUAUCAGAUAUAGGAUUACUCAUUUUUGGAUUGGGACCGAACUGGGGACUAUACGUCCACCAGUUCAAUCUCCGCGCCACCCAUGCGUGGGUGUGUAAAUUUCACGCAUUAAUCGUGCAUUGCUGUAGGGACCUUUCAGCCUGGAUGCUUGUGUGCGUUACUUUGGAGAGACUCGUCAUCGUUUACCGACCAAUGAGAGCUAAAAUAUUAUUCACUUCCAGAAGAACGAUAUUGACAAUCUUUGUUGUUAUGGUAACAUUAGUGCUGAUCAACUGCCACUUUUUGGUGAACAUGACGGUGACCGUUGCGCAAAAUGCAACAGCUGAAAUGAAGCCGAUCUUAUAUAAGGCGACGACCCAAAACCAAACAUUUCAUAACAGAACGAUCUAUAAAAGAAAUGAAACAGCUUCUAUUGAAAUGGAUAUCUGUCAAAAUUUCAAAUACUCCGAAGGAUUUUAUUCAUAUUAUUGGACAUGGAUUGAUGGUUGUGUUGCGUCCUUUUUUCCAUUUACGUUAAUCUUCAUAUGUAAUCUAUUGAUCGUCAUCCACCUCAUAAAAGCCGAAAGUAGACGUAACAUACGCAUGAACGUCAUUAACUCAUCGAGUGAUGACGCCACAAAGUCAAUGACGGUGACGCUGAUUGCAAUAUCAAUAGUCUUUCUGUUGCUAACAGCUCCGGCUGUAAUAGUACUUAUCGCGGUGAACCUUAAAAUAAUUAAGGAUCCAACCUAUGAACUAACCCCGGACGACAAACUUCUCAUUACAGUAGGAUAUAUGCUUGAAUAUUCGAACUGCGCCUGAAUUUCAUAAUGUAUUGUAUAAGUGGUAUGAAGUUCAGGCAAUCUCUAUUGGAGUUUUUUCAAUGUAAGGAACCAUUGACUUCUCCAAAAACAAUGAGAAAGAAAAUGUCCGAGUAUAACAUGCAUAGGACACAGACCCAAACAACGCUAAAUGAUCGUAAAAUGAGUCAAGUGACUAUUAAUGGAGAUAUCACUUAACAACUUUACUAUUAUGAGGACAUAUUGAACAAGUAUUAUUUAAUUUAAUUUCAAUUUAAUUUAAUCUUCUUUUGAAUAUACCCGGCUUCUAUAUGUAUUCAGUUUGUACUAUUUAAAAUAAAUUUAGAUUUUGUAAUAUAUAACAUCGACCUAAUAUGCAGCAUUAAAGAAACCAUCAUCACUGAGUAAUUGUCGCACGAAGAAAAUAGGCUGUUGAAAUUUCUUAUCAUUAAAUAGAAUCA